CAAAAGAGAGACCACCAUCCACUCCCUCAAACCUGUCUUACCAACUCACAUCUAGAAGCAAUUACUCUCUCUCUCUCUCUCUCUAGCUUUCUCCCUCUCGUCAAAAGCCUUAUAAAACCCCUCGUCAAGUACUCACAAGGGCUAACCUUGAUCCACAAGCACACACCUCAAGUUACACCAUCACCACUGUAAGCCAUAGAAAAAACCAAAACCGAAAACCAAAAAGCCAAAAGGUUGUGGAAGAAGAAGAAGAAGCUAACCCCAAAUUCAAAUGGGAAGGUCACCUUGUUGUGAGAAAGCACACACAAACAAAGGGGCAUGGACCAAAGAAGAAGAUGAUCGGCUCAUCGCUUACAUCCGGACCCACGGCGAAGGAUGCUGGCGGUCUCUUCCCAAGGCCGCCGGCCUCCUCCGUUGUGGAAAGAGUUGCCGCCUCCGUUGGAUUAAUUACCUGAGGCCUGACCUGAAAAGAGGCAAUUUCACAGAAGAAGAAGACGAGCUCAUCAUCAAGCUCCAUAGCCUCCUUGGUAACAAAUGGUCGCUUAUAGCUGCAAGAUUACCGGGUAGAACAGAUAACGAGAUAAAGAACUACUGGAACACUCACAUUCGAAGAAAGCUUUUGAACCGGGGAAUCGAUCCGAUGACUCACCGGCCGAUCAACGAGCCUCAACCGGAGGUUAAAACCAUAUCUUUUGCGACUGUUUCCGUUGAGAAAGAAGAGGAGAAAGCAGUAGUGGUGACUAGUAGUAAUGGGUUUAGUGGCAAAGAAAGGUGUCCAGACCUAAAUCUUGAGCUGAGAAUUAGCCCUCCUAAUUACCAACACCAAAACCAACCUCAUGAUCAUCAGAUUUUGAAGACAGGAGGGAGAGACUUAACCACCACUACUACUACUACUCUCUGUUUCUCAUGUAGCUUGGGAAUACUAAACAGUGAAGAGUGCAGUUGUUCCAAUGGUACAAGUAGCAGCAGCAGCAGUACUGGUUAUGACUUUUUAGGUUUGGAAAGUGGGGUCUUGGAUUACAGAAGCUUGGAGAUGAAAUGAAGCUUGAAUUAGUAUAUAGUAUGUAGCAAAUAGAGGAAUGGUCAAGAGAUGGGUAUUUAGGUUAUAAUCUCUCUAACUUUCUCUCUUGCUUGUAAGAUUAUUACUACAAAAAGUGCAUAGUAUUUCUCAAGUACAGAGGACAAUUUUGAUA